UUCAGCCACCUGUGUGCCCCCCAGCCCCAAAACCUCCAGCGCAAAAUCCUCUUACUGCAGCUCCCUUGAUCCGCUCCAUGUGUGUGGCUCGUUAGGAAUAACGAGUCCCCCAGCGUCGUUCUGGGACGUGCAGCAAGCCCCGCACCAGCUCUCACGUAGCAUCCUGCAGUAAUGGCAGCCCAACGCAGGGGGGGUGAGAAGACUUUCCACAUCGUGUCCCCGCUCCUGGAGAGCCUGCCCCUGUCCCGGGCAGCAGGGACCCAGGUCUACAUGAAGCUGGAGAACGUGCAGCCCACUGGCUCCUUCAAGAUCCGGGGCAUCGGGCGCCUCUGCCAGGAGAUUGCCAGGAAGGGCUGCCGGCACUUUGUUUGCUCCUCAGGGGGGAAUGCUGGCAUGGCUGCAGCAUAUGCGGCCAGGAAGCUGGGGCUGCCGAUCACUGUGGUGGUGCCCAGCAGCACCGGCCCCAGCACUGUGCGCAGGCUGGAGGAGCUGGGGGCAACGGUGGAGACCUAUGGGAAGGUGUGGGAUGAAGCCAACCAGAGAGCCCUAGAGCUGGCGCAGAACGAGGGCUGGGCGAGCAUCCACCCCUUUGACCACCCCUUGCUGUGGCAGGGCCAUGCCAGCCUGGUCCUGGAGCUGAAGGACGUGCUGGAUGCAAAACCUGACGCCAUCGUGCUGGCAGUGGGAGGUGGAGGGCUGCUGGCUGGCGUGGUGGCUGGGCUGCAGCAGGUGGGAUGGCUUGAUGUCCCCAUCAUUGCUGCGGAGACCUGGGGGGCCCACAGCUUCCACGUGGCACUGAAGGCUGGGCACCUCGUUACCCUGCCUGACAUCACCAGUGUGGCCAAGUGCCUGGGGGCCAAGACUGUGUCAGCACGGGCGCUGCAGUGUGCCCAGGAGAUCCAGGUCAUUUCAGAGGUGGUGGAAGAUGCUGAGGCUGUGCGCGCUGUGGAAAGGUUCCUGGAUGACGAGCGGAUGCUGGUGCAGCCAGCUUGUGGUGCAGCACUGGCCCUGCUCUAUUCAGGGCGACUGCAGCAGCUGCAGCGUGAGGGACGCCUGGGGACUCCGCUGGGCCGCGUGGUGCUGGUGGUCUGCGGCGGGAGCAGCAUGACGGCUGCGCUGCUGCGGGACCUGAAGAACCAGGUGGGCCUGGAGUGACCCUUGUGCCACUGCAUGGCCACCCCAUGGCCUCCUGUGCUGCAGUGAUGGCUGCUGGACAUGCACCGCGCCCAUCACUGUGCAGCAUGGGGAAACUGAGGCACGGCGGUGUUCCUCCCUCUGCCCUGGGGACGGCCGCGUCCCUUGAGCUGCUGUGGCUGGCACAGACCACGGUUCCCCACUCCAAUUAGUGAAUGCUCCCUCUGACUGACUACUUUGCUAUUGUCUCAAUGUGUUAUUAUUCUAAUGAUUAUUAAUUUUUACAAUCUUCUGUUCCUGCUGCACUGUCUGCAGCCAGGUGUCUCCUUGGCAGGGCUGUAGGGCCUUGCUCUUGCUGGUGCUCCCAGCUCUGACUGGUGCCCAGUUAACACCACUGCUCCAACUCACUUCAGUUGAUCUAUUUCACUCCAGUGUCCAUUCUGCCCUUUCCUGCCAUAAAACUCCUCUCAGCCUCCUCCUGCCCCUCCAGAGAGUUAACAAGGCUCCCCUUGCCCAGCCACCUCCCAGAAGCCUCCUCCUCCCCAUCUUCUUUUUUCCCUUUUCCCCAAUAAAUCCCCUCAGCCUGGCCAGCCCACACCAUGCUUCCCAGAGGACCCACCCCAUAAAUCAAAUACCCACUGCUCCACUGUGGGCAAUAUCUUAUGUAAAAACGUGUUUCUAGGGAGUGCUGGAGGCUGGAGAGUCUUAUUACAAGGCACACAAUUAAUUAUAAGGAGUCAGACCAACCUCCUCCCACAGUUUUUUAUCCUGGGUCCAGAACCAGAUUACUUUCCAGCUUCUGCACCCCAACCUUCUCACACGGAGCCCCCACUUCAUGCCAACCUCCUCCCUGCAGCCUGGGAUGGGUGCUGUGGGUUGGUGCACCCUGCAACCAGCAGGACAGUAGUAACACAGUGUUCGUAACAAUAGCAGCCAGCGCGUGCCCUUGUGCUCUGUUUUGCAGCCCUCCUAAUUACAGUGGCAGGGGGGUCUGCUGGCCCUCAAACAGCCCAUACGCAUCCUAUUGCUCUGGGGUCCCAGCGGGUCUGUGCCUCAGUUUCCCUCAUGCUGAGUCCUUUGGGUGCCCCCCGCUUGGCUGCGGCCCCUCAUUACCACUCAUCAUGGCACAGGAAGGAUAAAUUCCUCCGGUUGGCUGAACAGGGAAAAUACGCAGCGAGGUGGCUGCCUGUCAUCCAUCACCAGCUCUUGGCGGCACCACCACGCCGGGACUUAAAAUUCAGGUCAGAGAAAGGGGCUCUUGGAAGCCAGCAAGGGAAGGUAAUUUAUUCUGUUUAUACCUUUUUACUACAAGACAAGGCGGGGGGUGGGGGGGAUACACUCUUGCCUUGAUUUUGCAUUUUAAAUAUUAGCUGGGCGCCGCUCAUCGCUCAAACCCCACAAUGAAAGGGACCAGGUGCCGGAGCAGGUAACUAAAAUGAUUUUUAUUCACAUUGAACAACACGAGCUGGUCACACUGACAGCCUCUGCAAGAGGCAGUGGGGACAGGAAACCCACGCUCAGAACACAACUUUUUUUCUUCCUUUUCCAUUCUCUUUUUCCCUUUCCCCCCCCCACCCUGCUCUAUCCUCUCUCCUUCCACUCACCGCCGCCCUUUCCCAGCCUCCAAAAUAGAAAAAAACUCAGAGCUUCCAAUGACUAAAAGUACAAUAAAUAAUCAGUAAACACAAAAA